AUGGCGGUGCCUCUUUCUAUAGCUUGUCUAGCUUUGCUCUUUGUUGCUUCAGCUUUUGCUUCUCUUCAGCCUAGAAUACCAGAAGUUUAUCUACAAAAUGGAAACUUUGAGGAGAAACCAAACCCUAAAGAUCUGUUAAAAACAAAACUCAUCGGAAAAAAUUCGCUACCGAAAUGGGAAAUCAACGGUUUGGUUGAGUACGUAUCCGGAGGUCCACAACCAGGAGGAAUGUUUUUCCCAGUGACUCAUGGAACACAUGCUGUGAGACUAGGAAACGAAGCUUCAAUUUCUCAAACAAUUAAGGUCAAACCCGGUCAACGUUACGCUUUAAUUCUCGGCGCAUCGAGGACUUGUGCACAAGACGAAGUUUUGAGAAUCUCUGUGCUUCCACAAACCGGCGAUGUUCCUUUGCAAACAUUGUAUAGUCUCAAUGGCGAUGUUAUUGCUUGGGGAUUUAAGGCUACAUCUAAUGUUGCUAAAGUGACAUUUCAUAAUCCUGGUGUUCAAGAAGAUCCUGCCUGUGGUCCUCUUCUUGAUGCUAUUGCUAUCAGAGAGUUUUAUCCUCCAAUGCCAACAAGAGUUAAUUUAGUGAAAAAUCCUAGUUUUGAGGAGGGUCCAUUCCCGAUUUUCAACUCAACCAACGGCGUCCUCCUCCCACCACAACAACAGGAUCUCUUCUCACCGCUCCCUGGAUGGAUCGUCGAGUCUCUCAAAGCCGUAAAAUUCAUCGACGCAAACCACUUCAACGUCCCAUUCGGACUAGGAGCAGUCGAGCUUGUCGCCGGCAGAGAAAGCGCGAUUGCACAAAUCAUCCGAACAGUCACCAACAAAGUCUACAAGAUCACAUUCUCUGUCGGAGACGCGAAAAACGGUUGUCAUGGAUCAAUGAUGGUCGAAGCAUUUGCUGCGAAAGACACUUUUAAAGUUCCUUUUAAAUCUGAAGGGAAGGGUAAGUUCAUAACUGUGAGUUUCAAGUUCAAAGCUGUUGCACCAAGGACAAGACUCACAUUCUAUAGCUCUUUCUAUCAUACUAGAACUGAUGAUUUUGGUUCUCUCUGUGGUCCUGUUCUUGAUCAGGUUAUUGUGUCCCCUUUGGCCUAA